CACCCAUUAUCUAUGCCUAUUCUAUGUAUAUGUUUGGUUCUUGCUCUUAUUUAUUUAAUAAUUAUUCGCUUAGAUUCAUACUGUUAUGCUAUUUAUUUAGAUGUUUUGCUUAUGCUGGUCUAUGACCAUAAUAAAGUACUUGACUCAUCAUAGCAUAGGUUUAAGAGAUUUAUUAUAGAAAGUCAAAUUAAUUAUUGUUGCUUUUGGACACUUAAGCCCCUUUUGCCAUGAUGUAGAUCUAUUUUUAGAGACCUUGAGAAGAGAGGAGAAACAAAAAUGUCCCACAGACUGAAUAAUGAAAAUGACUUCUGGCUUUCCGGUCAAAUAAACCAGUCACCAGCCCUAUGCAGCCAGUCGCAUGAUCCACACUUUCCAUUUCUAGGCACAGUCCUGAACUACAGGGAUGCAUUCAGCUGAGGCCACAUACAUGCUAUACCUUUUUAAAAAAGGUAAAGGUAAAGGAUCCCUGGACGGUUGAGUCAAAGGCAACUAUUGGGGUUGCGGUGCUCAUCUCGCUUUCAGGCCGAGGGACCCGGUGUUUGUCCACAGACAGCUUUCUGGGUCAUGUGGCCAGAAUAGAACACCGUGGCGGAAACCAGAGCACAUGGAAACAGUUGGCAGGAGCUGGGAUAGAGCAACAGGAUCUCACCUCUGACCUUCUAAUUGGCAAGCCAAGAGGCUCAGUGGUUUACACCACAGCGCCACCCAUGUCCUAUGUCCCAUGUCCCCACCUUUACCUAUACCUUUAAGGCACAUUCAAAGCACAUUCUUUCUCUCAAAUAAUUCUGGCCUCUGUAGUUUGUUAAGGGUUGCUGAGAAUUUCACAUAUAGACUUCUAGGUUCUUCCAUCACCAUUCAAAUCUAUCCUAAGACCCCCUGAUCUGCAAACUGGGCUUGCUUCUCUUCCAUGGCAGUUCUUUCCCGGCAAUUGCCAAUGUCAACAAAGGCUUUCCUAAAUCCAUAUAUAUGUAUUUUCAUGUUGUGGUAAGUGAAGAAUGAAUAUUAAAUUAAUUAGCUGUGCCAUCCAGCUGCUAGGCGGAGAUGUUAUAGUUCUCCAUAUCUCAAUUACAUUUCCUGAAUGGACAAGUAUGAAUCUUCAGUAGAUAUUACAGAGAUUAGAAGUAGCAAUUAAUGCAAUUACAUAAACAGGUAGAUCAGCCAGGAAUUAACCAGAGGAGUAUAAAAUGCACUCAGAGUUUGUGCUGGACUUAUUGCGUCUGAAGCAGAAUCAAUGAAGAAUCUGGUUCUUGUGUGAAGGAAAGAGCCGGCUGACGGUCUUUCCAGUUUGGCAUCACUUCACGGCUGAUAGCAUGAAUCCUGCCCCUUUCACCUCUCUCUUCCUAGUCUUUGCCCUGACUUUGGGGCAGAGCAUGUCCCUUUGUGUCCCCGUUGAGUACAUCAUCCACGUGGAGAAGAGAGAAUGUGCCUUCUGUCUGGCCAUCAACACCACCAUCUGUGAAGGAUACUGCAUGACACGGGACAGCAAUGGUAAGAAGCUGCUGCCCCAGAGCGCCCUGUCCCAGGAAGUGUGCACAUACAAGGACAUGGUGUACAAGACUGUGAUGAUCCCUGGCUGUCAACACCAUGUCGUCUCCUACUAUUCCUAUCCUGUGGCCGUGAGCUGCAAGUGUGGGAAAUGCAACACUGACUAUAGCGACUGUGUGCAUGAGGCAAGCAGCACUGAUUAUUGCACUAUACCUCAGAAGCUACAUAACCUAUAAGGCCCCUUCUUUCUCUCUCUCUUGCACACAAAGACACACUAUCCCUCCUGUCACAUGGCAAGUUUUGGGCAUCCAAGAAUAAAUAGAAUGGUUAGCAUA